CAGACAGCAUUGUGCACAGUUGUCAUAUAGACUGUUAGAUGAUACAGUUCGUUCUGUUUUGGUAAACCAUGGUUCCCAGUCAUGACAAAAAGAAUACUUCAUGAAGCCAUUCUCAUCAUAUCAUCAUUUCUCAGUCUAUCAUGUACUCAAAAUCAACAAGACAGCCAGAUUCAGAAACAAGAUGUGGAUAUGCUGGACAGUAUUCUAGAGACAUAUUGGAUAACACACAACCUACAGAAAGAUGGGUACGAUCACCACAGAAACACAAGGGAAUGUCAGCAUGUCAAAUACGGCAACAUGACAUCAUCAACAGUGGUAGCAAGAGAUUUUCAUGACAAGGAUCUUCAACUCCCUUUGAUGGAAUCACGUUACACAUUUGAAGACAUUGGACCAUUCUAUAACAAAAAAAGUGUGUUUAUCCAUUAUACGAUUGUAAAUAACCCCUAUAAAUCGCUUUCAGUACUGGAACCUCUAAAGCAAGGAGGUUGUCGUGAUGGUAAAGCUGGUGACAGAGCUACUGUGGUUAAAAGUGCAGAACAGAUGAAGUGUAUGGUUGCAAUCAAUGCAGGGCUUUUUAAUACAACAUCAGGAUCUUGUCUGGGUAAUGUUGUAAGCAAUGGCAGGUUGGUGCAGGAUUCUGGGGGAAUACAAAACGCACAUUUUGGAAUAAAGGCGAAUGGUGAAUUGUUUUUUGGGUACUUGUCCGAGAUUGACCUGAUUGCUGACGAUUUUCUCCAGUUGGUUGGAGGUGUGAUCUGGCUUGUUCGCAACGGAGAAGUUUAUGUCUCAGAAAGUUUAAAUAUAGAAUGUGCAGAUAUGCAGGAAACAGGGUCUCUGGAGACGUUCACCAACAUCGUAUCAGCGAGGACGGCUGUAGGUGUGGACAAGCAGGGUCGCGUCCUGUUGAUACAGGUGGACGGCAAAUCCUACAGCAGGGGGGUAAGUCUAGAAGAUUUUGCCCAUCUGUUGCUGACCUAUGACAUAGUUGAUGCCAUAAAUCUUGAUGGUGGAGGAUCGUCAACAUACGUCAUUAAUGGGACAGUUGUCAACUACCCUUCAGACAGAUGUGCCGAUGAUUCCAGGUUUCACUGUGGAAGAGAAGUGUCAACCAUUUUGUGUGUACAUGAAGUGGAAUGUGUACCCGCAGAUUGCUCAGGUCAUGGGCAGUGUAACAUGGGGAGGUGUGAGUGUGAUGUUCUGUGGAAUGGUACAGACUGUAACACACUGCAGUGUGUCAAAGAGUGUUCCUCUCAAGGCAGCUGUACCCCAGAUGGGUGUGAUUGUGACCCUGGUUGGCAUGGUGAUGACUGUAGCCAAUCCUGUCCCCCAGGGCAUUAUGGGGAGGGAUGUACCCAUGAGUGUGUGUGUCUAUAUGGAGCCAGCUGUAGCCCUGUAGAUGGGACAUGUGAUUGUCCAGUAGGGAAAACAGGUGCAGCAUGUGACCAAUCCUGUCCAUUUGGUUACUACGGAAAACAAUGUAAACAAUUGUGUUUGUGCCAAGAUGGCUGCCCCUGCCAUGCCGUAACAGGAAGUUGUAACUUUACUGACCUGGACCAGACUUUUUCUCAAGCUGGACAGUGUUAUGCCCAGAAUAUCAUCAAAGAGAGACGGCUUGUCCCAGAUCAGUCUGAGGACUACAGACUGAUGCAAAUGGGCUUUGUGGCUCUGGGUUUGGUUGCCUCCAUAAGUGCUGUGUUGAAUAUCAUCCUUGCAUACAAACUACUCACGAAGACGAGGACAAAGCAAGCGAUGAAGUACAGACCGCCACAGUCCACUAACUCGAGUCACAUGUUCAUGUUCCAGGGGGUAUCUACCUCUAGUGAUGAUCUGUCAUCACUAAGUGAAUACUCCAGAGCAGAAACAUCUUUCAGUCAUAGCAAUAAAUUAAAAGAUAAUGAUUCUUUUCCAAAGGACAUUACGUAGCGUAUCUAAAUAAUAUUAACACUAUUACUCUAUUGCUGUUUUAAUGCUUUUUUAUCAAUUGUAAUCCGAGUCUUAAUUGGGAGCAGGUAUAUCUAGACAGGAUUGAGUGUUUUAAUGUCUUUCAUAAACUGUCAUCUGAGUCUUAGUGGGAGCAGGUAUUUCUAGACAUUAUAAUGAAAUCUCAAUACUGUUAUAAUUCUUGUUUAUAGUCAGGUUUUCUUGAGACAAGAUAAACCAGACAAAAAAGUGAAAAAAUUUCACUCUUCAUUUUUUUCUCAUUUCACUUUGAUAUGACCGUAAGUAAUAAGACCACUCCAUACUUGGGUGUAAGUUCAUUAGUUGGUCACAACUGGGCUUAUUACAGGAUAAGUCGGAUUUUCUGAUCCACUUACAAAUGGAAUGGACAGUUAAAUACGGUGUAUACAUCUAAAUGAUAAUUAUAGCUUCAUUACCAAUAUCAUCCCGUGAAUCAUGAUUGUGUAAAUGAUCAAUAUCUACAGGUAACUUGUUCUAUAUAUUGCCAUAAUCCUGUAUAACAUCUCUGGUUAGAUUAAUUCAAUCAUUGUUUAGAUGAAGUAUCUUGUUAAAACAUUUUCUACAGUAACUGUGGUAGUAUACACCAUCACCAAUGUCUCCUAGGUCAUGCUUCCAAGUAAUUUCACUGUAAAUGAAAUAAUGAAACAUGGUAUUUAGAUUUACCAGUCCACGGUAGAACUGAACAUCAUCUUGUAUGUUUUUUUAAAGUCAUUGUUUAGUUUAGAUUCACUAAAACACCUUUUAAUGUCAAUUAUACAUGGUGUAUAACUAAAUCUGUGUGUUAAACAGUCCUUGUUAUGGCUAGCACUGCAAGGAUCUUACUUAUAUUCCAUGGUUCAUCUUGAUCCCUAAUUGUGUGUGAUCUAUUUUGAGACUGAUCAGAACAAAAAAAUUUGACAAUAGGCUGUGAUAAAAGUCUGUUUAUGCUAUUUUCAAGGAGUACUGCAUGGAUCCUUUAUACUUAUGUUCAAUUUGAGACUAACAUUUCAAAAUUUGGUUCAGUGCUAUAUUUAGAAAAAAAGAAGAAACAGAAAAAGAUCUUUCACAUGGAUUUCAUGUAUUACCUCCCCUUUGUCCCUAUUUUGCAUGUUCAUUUUACUCUGUGAUCAAAUCCUUACAUUAUGACAUUCCAUUAGAAAAGUGAAGUUUGUAUUUAUUAAUAUUAAUUUUUUUUUUUUUUGCAUUUACAUGUAUAUAAAUUUGUAGAGAAAAUCUAAUGGUAGAUUUUGUUAUUGUAUGAGGUUAACGUUUUUGUAUUGAAUUAUAGAGAAUGUAAUGACACAUGUAUGUACUAGGGUUAGUAUGACACUGUAUCCUGAUUAUUAUCAAUUGGAAAAUAUUAAUAUAACAUUAUACAUGUAUUACAGAAGAAUUAUGUAUAUUGAUUGUUAUUCAAGGAAAUCCAUACACUUUUCAGGUUUGAGUUGAAGAACAUGUUUUAUGUCUGUGAUAUUGGUGUGUUGUGGAUCAAAUCCUGUCAUUAUCUUUUCAUACCUGUACUGUACGUACUGUACAUGUAACCAAUCAUCCUACCAUACCUGUACUAUACAUGUAACCAGUCAUCCUACCAUACCUGUAUACGUACUGUAUAUGUAACCAGUCAUCCUACCAUACCUGUACUGUAUAUGUAACAAAUCACCCUACCAUACCUGUACUGUACAUGUAACCAAUCAUCCUACCAUACCUGUACUGUAUAUGUAACCAGUCAUUCUACCAUACCUGUGCUGUACAUGUAACCAGUCAUCCUACCAUACCUCUACUGUACGUACUGUACAUGUAACCAAUCAUCCUACCAUACCUGUACUGUAUAUGUAACCAGUCAUCCUACCAUACCUGUACUGUAUAUGUAACAAAUCACCCUACCAUACCUGUACUGUACAUGUAACCAAUCAUCCUACCAUACCUCUACUGUAUAUGUAACCAGUCAUUCUACCAUACCUGUGCUGUACAUGUAACCAGUCAUCCUACCAUACCUCUACUGUACGUACUGUACAUGUAACCAAUCAUCCUACCAUACCUGUACUGUAUAUGUAAUCAGUCAUCCUACCAUACCUGUACUGUAUAUGUAAU